AUGCCUCUCUCUACCGAGUCUGCCUUUGGCAAGAACCACUCGGCGCUCGACUUCACUCGGUUCCCCUCCCGCCGCAGCGUUGUCCACAGCACCGAGGGAAUUAUCAGCUGUACGCAGCCACUUGCUGCCAAGUGUGGUGCAGAUGUGCUUCGCGCCGGUGGAAAUGCUGCUGAUGCAGCUGUCGCCGUUGCUGCUGGUCUCAACAUGACGGAGCCGUGCUCGACUGGCAUUGGAGGAGACAUGUUCAUCCUCUACUGGGAUGCGCGAAAGAAGACGGUCUCGGCCAUGAACGGUUCUGGACGGUCUGGUGCCAAAUGCACACUUGAUACGAUUCGCUCGGCACUGGGCUUCAAGGAUGACGACCCGAGCGGCAUUCCCAUGCUCAGCGUCCAUUCCGUCACUGUACCCGGAGCAGCAGCAGGCUGGGUGGACACGAUUGAGCGAUUCGGAAGCGGCACCCUUACCAUGGCUGAUGUGCUGAAGCCCGCCAUUGAACUUGGCGAGAAGGGCUUUCCCGUGUCCCAAGUGGCGGCCUCCUCCUGGGGGCAUUCAGAAGAGCUCAUUCGCAAUGCUUCUCCCAAUUUCGCAGAGAUGCUCAAGAGGGAUCCCGCCGCCGCUGAUGGCGUCCGUGCGCCUAGGACUGGUGAGAUCAUGAAGAACCCAGCGCUCGCAAACACAUUUCGCACGCUCGCGGAGAAAGGAAAACAGGGCUUCUAUACCGGUCGCAUUGCUGAAGAGCUCGUCAAAGUCGUGCAGGAUCUCGGCGGCUAUCUUGAACUGGAUGAUCUGAAGCAUCAUGGGGAUCUGGGCAGCGAGCCAGUCGAGCCCGUCUCGAUCAAAUUCUACGGCCAAGGCCUUGCUUCCGAGUCUGCAGACGGGGGCAUAGAGCUUUGGGAGCAUCCGCCGAAUGGACAGGGCAUCGUGGCGCUCAUGGCACUUGGCAUCAUCCAAGAGCUGGAAAAGGCUGGAAAGAUUCCUACCUUUACGUCCGACGACUUUAACAGUGCUCCGUACCUUCAUGCUAUUAUCGAGGCUCUGCGUCUUAGCUUUGCUGAUGGUAAUUGGUAUGUUACUGACCCGAAUGUGACAAAGGUCCCGAUUGCUGGCAUGAUUUCCGAAGAAUACCUCGCGGGCCGGGCCAAGCUGUUUGACCCGUCCAAAGUCUGCGAGGGCAUCACAAAAGGCCAGCCUCCGUUUACUUCUCCGGCAUUACAGAGCAGCGAUACUGUUUACUUUACCGUCGCCGAUGCGGCUGGCAAUGCGGCCUCCUUUAUCAACUCCAACUACGAUGGAUUUGGCAGUGGCAUUAUCCCCCACGGCUGUGGGUUUACUUUGCAGAACCGCGGAGCUAAUUUCUCGCUGCGAAGCGACCACCCAAACAGGCUGGAGCCUGGGAAGCGUCCGUAUCACACCAUCAUCCCGGCCAUGGCCACCAAUAUCAGCGAUGGCUCUCUGCACUCGUCGUUUGGUGUCAUGGGUGGCUUCAUGCAGCCGCAGGGCCAUGUGCAGGUGCUCCUGGGUCAAGUUGUUGGCAGGCUCGAUCCGCAGCAGGCCCUCGACGCACCCCGCAUCUGCAUCGGCGCCGGGCUCGCAGGGCCAGACGAGACGAGCGACUGGGUUGUGCACGUAGAAGAGGGAAUUCCGGAGGCGACGAUUGAGGCGCUUCGGAGGCUGGGACACCAGGUCAAGGUGCUUCGCGGCGCGGAGCGCAGUCUCUUUGGCCGAGGGCAGAUUAUCCGGCAGUUGGUUGACCCUGUGGACAAGACACCGCUGUGGUCUGCGGGCAGCGACCCGCGUGGUGACGGGGCGGCGUAUCCGGCAUAG